AUGGUGGAAAUGGAGGGUUCACAGGCACUUGGUCUGACACUAUUCUGUCUACAAGUCCACUACGGAUUGUUUGUGGCAAAAUGUGUUGUCAAUGGAUGUGCAUGGAAGUUGAGAGCAGCUGUGAAGAAUGAACCGGAUUGCUUCUGGGUUACCAAGUACGUAAAGGGUCACACUUGUUCAAUUAUGGACCGUGUAGCUCACCGUAGACGAGCUACUCCAAGAUAUAUUGGACAAUUGUUUGUGGAGCGGACUGGACUCAUAGAUGGAAUUGUCCCUCGACAAAUUGCAGAUUCGAUGAGGAUCAUGUUUGGCUGA